GUUUUGCCUAUUCUGCAGCCUGCUGUGUACAUGUACCUGACCUGAUCUCUCCACCUGCACCUCCACACGCCACGGCGCCCGACUCUAGCCGCCGAAGGAAGGAGGACCCUGGUUUCAGACCGGUUAGAACUACUACAGUACUCCACAAAUAGGCGUCUCCGCAAUGUCAUCAGCUAUAGCUUCCACUCCCCAACAUCGACUUGAGCAACUCCAAGCACAACUCACCACCAUGGGCUCGAAUGGCGUCGCUUCGGCCUUCUCGCAGGAUGUCGUGCCUCUCGCGCCUGAAGACCCGCUCUUUGGGUUAAUGGCCGCGUAUCGCAAAGACACCGACCCGAACAAGGUGGAUCUGGGCAUAGGAGCAUACAGAGAUAACAACGCUAAACCGUGGGUUUUGCCCGUUGUCAAGCAGGCAGAUGAGCUCCUCCGCAAUGAUCCAGACCUCAACCACGAAUACCUACCCAUUGCUGGUCUUCCAGACUUCACCUCCGCCUCCCAGAAGCUAGUCCUUGGCAAGAAGUCGCCAGCCAUCGCCGAAAAGCGUGUCAUUUCGUUGCAAACCAUCUCCGGUACGGGAGCUGUGCAUCUCGGCGCUCUCUUCUUGGCCAAGUUCUACAAUCCAUCAAACGCUGCGGCCAAGGCUGUAUACCUGAGCAAUCCCACAUGGGCAAACCACAACCAGAUCUUUGGCAAUGUUGGCCUACCGGUAAAGCAGUACCCAUAUUUCAGCAAGCAGACCAAGGGGCUCGAUUUUGAGGGCAUGAUCGGGUCAUUGAAGGAGGCCCCCGAAGGCAGUGUCAUUCUGCUCCACGCAUGUGCGCACAACCCCACUGGAGUCGACCCCACGGAGACACAGUGGAAGGAGAUUGCAGAGGUCAUGAAGGCGAAAAAGCACUUCCCAUUCUUUGACACUGCAUACCAAGGCUUCGCUUCUGGUUCCCUCGAGAAAGACGGCUGGGCGAUCAACUACUUCGUCGAACAAGGCUUUGAACUCGUCGUUGCCCAGUCAUACGCCAAGAACUUUGGCCUCUACGGCGAGCGUGCAGGCUGCUUCCAUUUCGUCACCUCUCCCGGCUCCAGUGCAGUAGAAACCACACAGCGUGUCGGAUCCCAACUAGCAAUCCUUCAACGUUCCGAAAUCUCCAAUCCCCCCGCAUAUGGCGCACGCAUUGCCUCGCUCGUUCUCAACGACGACAAGCUCUUUGCGCAAUGGGAGGAAGAUCUCCGCACCAUGUCCGGCCGCAUCAAGGACAUGCGCCAGGCGGUGCGCUCUCGCCUCGAAGAGUACCAGACACCAGGGACAUGGCACCACGUCACCGAACAGAUUGGCAUGUUCAGUUUUACCGGACUGAACGAGCAGCAAGUCGCCAAGCUGCGCGAGAAGUACCACAUUUACAUGACGAAAAAUGGAAGGAUUUCCAUGGCAGGCCUCAAUACCAACAAUGUCGAGUACUUUGCCAAGUCGCUCGAUGCGGUGGUGCGUGAGUCUUCUUCAUAGAAGGAGGAGCUGUGAUAUCCCCCCUCCCCCUCCUUCCUUGCCUUCUGUGUAAGAUGGAAGGACUGAGGAGCCCACGAGGGAAUGAAAGAUUUGGCAGGCACGGAGGGACGGAGUACAGCACCUGAGUACUCGCGGGCCUUUCUCAGGACCUCAUCACACAGCCAGCCAUGUCUUAGUAACGAAAUAAAUCGCAAUGAAUAGAAACCAAGGAUCCCUUCUCAUUGUUGUCAUCAUCAUCACUUGAUUAACACAGUCACACAAACUUAUAUCGUUUUUUUUUUCUUCUUGAUUUCCGGACAACUAGGGAGUUGAAUACCUACCUACAUACAACUGACGCAAACAUUUUUUUCUUCUUCUUCUUUACAGCCGAGCUGCCGCAAAAUCGAGCUCUCACCCUGCUUGCUUGCUUGCUUCAUUGAUUAAUUAAUUAAUUGAUUAGUUUGAUCCUAGAGCGAGCGCCUUUCCUUUGGCCACUACAUGGAUGUACCUUGGGUAAGGUACUCAGUACAUACAUACUUUACGUACCUAUGUCUGCUCCAGUGCAGAAGAAGUUCAAAGUCAUUAGGAUUGGAGUUGUUGCAAUCAUGGCUAAGCAGGACUAUGCAGUAGCUGAUCUGAUACCUGACCUCAUAGCUCAGACUAAUCGCAGUCAGACAUUACAACAUCACCAACCAGAAGCACAAGUGGGCCGAAUAUAGAUUGACUUGUGGAGGUGGGCGACAUCGACUAGGUAGGGCGUGAGAGCUAUAUUUUCCCGAAUUACCGGGGUCAGAUGCGCCGGCACUGCCAGAUUUCUGGUAGAUGGGAGUGAUUCAAUCUCACAUUAUCUGUUCAUGCGCAAGCCUGGCUCUGAGUAGGUAUUGGCAACGUGAAUUGGGAUAUAGCAUAUUCCGUUUAAUGCUCGGAGGUAUUUCCUUGUCCUGGAUUUGUUGCAUGGACGUUGAGAGCAUGAGCAAGUCAUGACUUUGGCGCCCAUGUUCUCAUUCAUGGCGCAGAAUAGUGCGCGUCUAGAAUAUGAGGUCCCAGACGACCAGGAAUGCACAGAAGCCGCAAGUGGACCAGAAUACCGCCUGUGCAGUGCUCUUUCUUUCACUCGCACGCUUGAGCUCCUUAUUACCCUUGCCCAGGUUUUCGGUGGUCAGAUAAGAGUCCUGCACCAGCUGGCUAAUGUUCUCGCUCUGCUGAGUCAGGUUUGCAUGCAAAGUGCUGUGUAGCUCACUGAUCUCGAGAAUGCUCUUCUCCGCAGUUCGGACUUGGUCCAGUUGGUCCUCGUAGUGCCUGAGCAGCUCCGAAUUCUCCUCGGCAAAGAGCUGAAGUUGCUCCUGGGUGAGCUCCUGCCGCGUAGUUGUUCCUGUCGUGGCAUCCUGGAGGUCUGCAGAAUAUCGUUGCCGCUUCGAGACGCCAUAUUCUGCGGACGUGGGCUCCUGUGCAUGGUCGAAGCUGUGUGCUAAGUGGCCAUUUCCAGCCGACUUUGCCAGAAUGGACUUGGACUUCUCCACUUCCCUUGUCAAGCGUAUGUCCAUCAUUUCACUUUGCACUCUCAUGGCCUCGCCCAAUUUCUGCUGCAGGUAGGAAAUGAUGUUCUCUCGCACCGUCUUGAUCGUCUCCCGAGCUGCCUCCUCGAGCUCCUCUUGCGGCGAUUUUGCCGUUUGUGCACCUCCUGCCGCCCAUCUCCCCAGGCCCAUCAAGCCACCCUGUGCACGCUUCGACAACGCGACAGACUCGUACGUCUGGUUCCGCACAUCUUCGGCCUGCUUCAGUCCCGUGAUGGCGCCAUUAAGCUGUCGCAGCAGCUGUUUCGACUGCGCAUCUAUGGCGUCUCGUUCCGUAUCUGUCAACGGCCGUGCUCGAUCGGUGUUAUCGCCAACAUGUCGACGCCGUGAGGGUUGUGCUGCCGAGAGGUAUGCCGGGCGGAUGGAACAGAGCUCGCGAUAUAAAUCUGUCACUCGCGCGUAUAUACUGUAUGCCUCUUGCAGGAAAGUCUCGAUGUGCUGCAGAUCAUAGGGUGUAGGAAGGACUGGUUCGGCGCCCUUGUCCUUCAGGUAGACAUUGAAGUCUGCGGUGAUGUCUGUCAUUGUUGGGGGUCCAUAUGUGCUGUUGAAUGCGUGAACCUCCGGGUAUCAGCACUGUCGAAGUGUGGGCAUGUAGUAGAUGU